UGGUCAGAAGUGGAAAUUAUUACUUGUUUGAGACGGAUAGUGAAGAGGAAGAGGAAGAGGAGAAAAAAGAAGAGGAAGAGCCUCGAAAAAAAUCUGCAUUUCAGAGAGCUAUUGGGAAAUUUGCUUCAGCCAUUUUAGCCUUGCCAAAGUCUGUCAUUAAACUACCCAAAACUAUUCUUCAGUAUUUAAUCAAAGCAGCAAAGUUUGUUUAUCAGGCCUGGAUUACUGACCCUAAAACAGCACUACGACAGAGGCGCAAAGCUAAGAAAAGUUUUGGGAAAGAGGAGAAGCGAAGGCGAAAAGGAUCUGGGGAUGGUGGUACUGAUGCAGACUGUGAAGACAGUGAAGAGGAACCUGUCAAGAAGAAAUCUGAUGGACCAGAUAACAUCAUCAAGAGGAUAUUUAAUAUCUUGAAGUUCACUUGGGUCCUUUUCCUGGCAACACUAGACAGUUUUACAGCUUGGCUUAAUUCCAUCUCAAGAGAACACAUCGAUAUCUCCACUGUGCUAAGAAUCGAGCGCUGUAUGCUGACCAGGGAGAUUAAGAAGGGAAAUGUUCCAACACGGGAGAGCAUCCAUAUGUAUUACCAGAACCACAUGAUGAAACUUUCUAAGGAGUCAGGACUGGACUCAAUUGAUAAAAAUCCUGGUCAAGCUUCUGGUUUGCAAGCAUCUGAAAGAAUGGAUAGUUUAGAUUCAGGAGCUUCUCGUGACAGUAUCUCCAGCUGCUACACUGAAGCAACCAUGCUGUUCUCAAGGCAGUCAACCCUUGAUGAUUUAGAUGGACCAGACACUGUUCCUAAAACAAGUGAGCGCGCUCGACCUAGGCUUCGUAAAAUGCAGAGCAUGGAUAUGUCCUCCUCAUCAGCUGACAGUGGCAGUAUAGUGUCAAGUGAGCCUACGCAGGUCACCAUGCUCUAUUCUCGUCAGGGGACAACAGAAACCAUUGAGGAGGUAGAAGGGGAGCAUGAAGAGGAAGGAGCUCACUCCGCAUCAAAGCUGGAGGAAGAGGAGGUGGAAGACUAUAGCCUUGGUUCAGAAGGAGCUGUGUAUACUCCUGAUACAGAUGUGCCAUUGUACUCCACCGUGGAUAGCAAUGCAGAAGCUCCACCCUCCUAUAGCAAAGCUGUCAGCUUUGAACACCUUCCCUUUGGCUCCCCAGAUGACUCAGCUGGUAAGAGCCUUAUGAUGGUGAGCCCAGACGACAGUCGGACGGACAAACUUAAUGAUACGAUUCUCCCUCCAUUGACGCACGAGCUAACAGCUAGUGAGCUGCUUCUGAACAAGAUGUUUCAUGACGAUGAGCUGGAGGAAUCAGAGAAGUUCUAUGUUGGUCAGCCUCGAGUCUUGCUUCUUAUUUAUGCCCUGUACAAUACACUGGUGGCCCGGUCUGAAAUGGUGUGCUAUUUUGUGAUCAUCCUUAACCACAUGAUCUCUGCCUCUAUGAUAACCCUGGUGCUUCCCAUCCUUAUAUUCCUUUGGGCCAUGCUGUCUGUUCCUCGGCCAAGCAAGCGUUUCUGGAUGACAGCCAUUGUCUACACUGAGGUGGCCAUUGUCAUCAAGUACUUCUUCCAGUUUGGCUUCUUUCCUUGGAAUAAAUAUGUGGAUUACACAAAAGAUAAACCUUACCAUCCACCCAAUAUUAUUGGCAUUGAGAAGAAAGAGGGUUACGUGCACUAUGAUCUUGUUCAGCUCCUUGCUUUAUUCUUCCACAGAUCCAUCUUAAAGUGCCAUGGAUUAUGGGAUGAAGACGAGAAAGGGGACAGCUCCAGUAAUAAAGAGGAUACUGAUGAUGAGCUCUCUCUGACAGGAGGCAGGAGAGACUCUUCUGCCUCUUUGAAAUCUGUCAAUCUUGCAGCAUCGGUAGAGUCCAUCCAUGUCCACUUCCCUGAGCAGCAGACCGCCAUCAGGAGGAAGAGCUCUAGCAGCAUAUCACAGCUUUCGCACAGGUCCAGUUUCUCCUCACACAGAUCUAAGAGAGGAAGUACCAGUACACGAAACAGCAGUCAGAAAGGAAGCAGUGUGUUAAGCAUCAAGCAAAAGUCUAGAAAAGAACUUCUUAUGGAAAAGUUUCGAGAACAAAUGAUCAAAGCCAAGGCCUUUACAAUUAAAAAGACCCUCCAGGUGUAUGUGCCCAUCAGACAGUUUUUCUACAAUCUUAUUCAUCCAGACUACAGUGCGGUGACUGAUGUUUAUGUGCUGAUGUUCCUCGCAGAUACAGUGGACUUCAUCAUCAUUGUGUUUGGAUUUUGGGCUUUUGGGAAACACUCUGCAGCAGCAGAUAUCACCUCUUCAUUAUCAGAGGACCAGGUCCCGGAGGCAUUUUUGGUGAUGGUGCUCAUUCAGUUUGGUACCAUGGUGGUAGAUCGAGCACUGUACCUCAAAAAGACUGUCAUGGGAAAGGUCAUCUUCCAGGUUAUCCUUGUUUUUGGAAUACAUUUCUGGAUGUUCUUUAUCUUGCCUGGAGUGACGGAAAGGAAAUUUAGCCAGAACACAGUUGCCCAGCUCUGGUAUUUUGUGAAAUGUGUUUAUUUUGGCUUAUCGGCAUAUCAGAUACGCUGCGGAUAUCCAACUCGUGUUCUUGGCAACUUCCUCACAAAAAGUUAUAACUAUGUCAACCUGUUCUUAUUUCAAGGGUUCCGCCUCGUUCCAUUUUUGACCGAGCUGAGAGCAGUAAUGGACUGGGUUUGGACUGAUACCACUCUCAGUCUUUCCAGCUGGAUCUGUGUUGAAGAUAUCUAUGCUCAUAUAUUCAUCCUGAAGUGUUGGCGAGAGUCAGAAAAAAGAUAUCCCCAACCAAGAGGCCAGAAGAAAAAGAAAGUUGUGAAGUAUGGAAUGGGUGGCAUGAUUAUCGUCUUGCUGAUUUGUAUUGUCUGGUUCCCACUGCUCUUCAUGUCUUUAAUCAAAUCUGUUGCAGGCAUCACCAACAAGCCUCUAGAUGUAUCAAUCACAAUAACUCUAGGAGGUUAUCAGCCUAUUUUUACAAUGAGUGCUCAACAGAGUCAGCUCAAGGAUUUGAAUCAGACUGGUUUCAGUGCGUUUCUGGGAAGCUAUAGGGGUAACACUGCUGCUUUGCAGUUUCUAGAGGGCUAUGGAAAAGAAGAUAUAACUCUAGCAGAUCUAGAGGGAAAUUCAAACUCUUUAUGGACCAUCAGCCCUCCCAGUAGAGAGAAAAUGAUACAGGGACUGCUGGAUUUUUCAGCUGAGUUCACUGUAGUUCUUUCAUGGAGCAUUCAAAGAAAUCUCACCCUCGGUGCCAAAGCUGAAAUAGCAUCAGAUAAACUUACCUUUGUCCUACCAGAGAACACCAGAAGAGAUAUUGCUACAAUGAUGUCUGGACAACAACUGGAAAAGACUGAAUUUCUCAUUACAGUGUACCCGUACUACAUCAAGGCUCCUAGUGAUUCCCUGGCAAAACCCAUAAAGCAGCUAUUGACAGACUGCAGAUGGGAAAACAUUACAGUUUCUCUGGUCAAAAACGUGUCCGAUGAGGGAGUUCGUGAGUGGUGGGUUUUGAAUCAGCUUGGAAAAAGAUACAAAACAUCUGAAGAGAGUCUUGAACUCUUCAUAUUCAGUGAUAAAGUCAGUCCACCAAGCCUUGGAUUCUUGGCUGGUUAUGGUAUCAUGGGACUAUAUGCCUCGGUUGUCCUGGUGAUAGGGAAGUUCGUCCGUGAAUUUUUCAGUGGGAUCUCUCACUCCAUCAUGUUUGAGGAGCUACCCAAUGUAGACCGAAUCUUGAAGUUGUGUACUGACAUUUUCUUAGUGCGAGAGACUGGAGAACUGGAACUAGAAGAAGACCUGUAUGCCAAACUAAUAUUCCUGUAUCGCUCACCAGAGACUAUGAUCAAGUGGACUAGGGAAAAAACUAACUGAUCUCUUUGGUGUCACACUGCAAAUCAAGUUGAUUUCAUCUGAAUUUUAAAGGAAAAAAAAAAAAGCACAAUAUUCUCUUAAGAGCUAAGCCUUUUAUAGUUAGGUAGCAACGAUUUUUCACUGAAGGAGUCCUGGAAGCUAAAGCCUUAGGAAUCCAUGCUGCCUUUCAAAUUAAGGAUCAACAGUGACGAAGGUUGGAUGAUUUGUUGUUUUUAAUGUGCCACUCCUCUACAAUCUGGGGACUGCUUUGUAAUUUAAUCAACAAAAAGUUUGCAUCUUUGUCUGGCUAAUUUAAUUUUCCAGGCGAUCAUUACAACUUAAAAUAAAGGAUUGAACCCACAGAUGACUCCAGCGUACCUUCUUAACCCUUUCUGGAGCCAUACAGAUUGGAUUGUGCAAUAUGCUGUUGUACAUCACUGACUUUCAAGCUACAGUAAUGGGACGCUGACUAGCCUUCAGGACACCCAAGACCCAGGGCCGCAGUGGGAACUGAAGACAUUCUAGCCAUACCCAUUUGUAGAAGAGCAGAGGUUUUGAUGUACAAAGGACACUGUGGACAAGCCUCUGUUAGCAAAAAGAAAAUAAGUAACAAUCUCUUUAAAUGCCUUAUUUUAUUUGUACAGUCACAGAAGACAUUUCCAUCAAACAUCAAUGACUUUUCUCAGGAAAAAAAAAAGCAACUGAAACUUGACACUUCGUCAAGGUUAACUAAUGGCUAGAAUAAUUAUGGUGAAUUAUUGGGGUGUUCUGCUGGGCCAUUCUCUUCAAAGUUACUGCUUUCCAUUAGAUGAGAAAAGAAAGUGAAUUCAAUGACCUAAGGAGCUACUUCAUUUCUUAUAACCCUUUAAAGACUGAAUAGCGUGUGCUUCUCUCUGCUCCCCAUGACAUGCUUUUUCCCAUUUCGAUGAUUUAAGGCAACC